AUGGCCCCCUUGGAAUGGAUGUCUGAAUGGGGUGGAAAGGGUUAUACGGUCUUCUCACAGCCUCCAGCUACAAGUAACCUGCUGUAUGGUAAAGGCCUUCCCUGGAGCAGAUAUCUGGAGGGUUACUUCAACCACACAGAACCAGGAAAUGGUACACAAAUUGCAGAAUUUCUUCUUGGGGGAUUUUCAGAAGAACCAGUAUUGCAACCUCUCCUCUUUGGGCUCUUCCUAUCUAUGUACCUGAUCACCAUGAUCGGAAACCUGCUUAUCAUCCUGGCGAUUAUCUCAGACUCCCACCUGCACACCCCCAUGUACUUCUUCCUCUCUAUCCUCUCCUUUUCUGACAUUUGUCUCGCCUCCACCACAGUCCCAAAGAUGCUGGUGAAUAUCCAGACACAGAGCAAGGUCAUCACCUAUACAGGCUGCAUCACCCAGAUCUUCUUUUUCCUAGUCUUUGCAGGGCUGGAUGACUUCCUUCUGACUGUGAUGGCCUAUGACCGGUAUGUGGCCAUCUGUCACCCCUUGCACUACACGGUCAUCAUGCACCCAAGGCUCUGUGCAUGGCUGGUUCUGUUGUCCUGGGUCAUGAGUGUCCUGAAUUCACUAUCAAAUACUUUAAUGGCAUUGCAGCUGUCCUUCUCUACACACAUGGAAAUUCCUCACUUUUUCUGUGAGCUUAAUCAGCUGAUCCACCUUGCCUCCUGUGACACUUUUAUUAAUGACAUAGUGAUGUAUUUUUCAGCUGGGGUGCUGGCUGGUGGUCCCUUUAUUGGAAUCAUUUACUCUUACUGUAAAAUAGUUUCCUCCAUAUGUGCAAUAUCAUCAGCUCAGGGGAAGCAUAAAGCAUUUUCCACCUGUGCCUCUCACCUCUCAGUUGUCUUCUUAUUUUAUUGUACAAUCCUAGGUGUGUACCUUAGUGCCGCCACUACUGGUAGCUCACACUCAAGUGCAGCUGCCUCAGUGAUGUACACUGUGGUCACACCCAUGCUGAACCCCUUCAUCUAUAGU